GCCUCUGGGGUCAGGCUCCGCCCAGCUUGCCCGGCAUCACUCGCGGCGCUGGAGUCAAGAUGGAGGAGUACGCGCGAGAGCCUUGCCCAUGGCGAAUUGUGGAUGACUGUGGUGGGGCCUUUACGAUGGGUACCAUUGGUGGAGGUAUCUUUCAAGCAAUCAAAGGUUUUCGCAAUUCUCCAGUGGGAGUAAACCACAGACUACGAGGGAGUUUAACAGCUAUUAAAACCAGGGCUCCGCAGUUAGGAGGUAGCUUUGCAGUCUGGGGAGGCCUGUUUUCCAUGAUUGACUGUAGUAUGGUUCAAGUUAGAGGAAAGGAAGAUCCCUGGAAUUCCAUCACAAGUGGUGCCUUAACGGGAGCCAUACUGGCAGCAAGAAAUGGACCAGUGGCCAUGGUUGGGUCAGCUGCAAUGGGUGGCAUUCUCCUAGCUUUAAUUGAAGGAGCUGGUAUCUUGUUGACAAGAUUUGCCUCUGCACAGUUUCCCAAUGGUCCUCAAUUUGCGGAAGACCCCUCCCAGUUGCCUUCAACUCAGUUACCUUCCUCACCUUUUGGAGACUAUCGACAAUAUCAGUAGGACUUCUUUCCUAGGAUUUCUUUAACAGAAUGAGUUGUAGUUCAAGAAGGAUUUCAGAAGAUCAAGUUACGGUCCGUUUUUAAAACCAUGGGACAGCUAUGGCCAAUAGGCUAUAAAGAGACAUUUAGCACUUUUUUUCUAUUUAAAGGAACAAGGAGGAAAGGGGGUGCUAAAAGAUAAUGCAUUUAUUUAUUCACACUUGAAUUGCAUUUGUGAUAAAAAUAAAUGUCUAAAUCAUUAAAGGAAAAUACAGUAAGUGCUUGAAAGGUGAAGGACCAAAGCGCCAAAAAACAGUGGAGUAUGAUUAUCAUCUCCUUGGGGACUUCUCUGCCUGGUUUUGUGUGUUCUGCUAUUCAAACAAUAAAAUGCUGGAACUUACUCUUUCUUUUAAGAUAAGUUGUAGGCUUGGACGUUUCAUGCUCACAUACUUCAAAUAAUGCAUGUUUUAUAGUUAGUCCCUUAUCUCACUUGAAGUGACUUAUGUAUGAGAAUUAUGCAGAGUCAACAUGGAUCAUUUCACAGUGAAAUGCUUUUUGGAUUGAAGGAUAUGGUAAAAUAUUUAUACUUUACUUUGAAAGUAAAAUACACUAUGUCUUGGUUUUGAGGAUAUUGGAUACAAAACUCUCUUACUUUAGGGCUUCUGAGUCUUAACUCCUGACAUCAGAAAUUUCGCCAGGAACAACCUGCUUCCAAUAUACCCAGCUCUAUAUGAAGAAUUCGUGAAGAGUGUUACUGGCACUGGAAGAGCUGGGAGUUUCUUGUAUGCUUGAAAAUAAAAUACGUACUGUUUUGAAUGUG